AUGCAGAAAAAGCCGCUAACAAUCCAGGGCACCGGAUUGAAUAUUCGCCGCUACCUAUACGGAGCGGAUGCAGCCGACGGCUUUGACACCUUGCUGCACAAAGGUUCCACGGACUUCACCCGUUCUCUGACUUGGAUUCCCGACCGCCCCUUCAACGGCACCGACUACUGGUUGGAUGGCCCCAAGCUAGCUGCAUUGGGAUGGCGCCAGCGUGUUUCUUUCUCGGAGGGACUUGAGGCCUCGCUCAACUGGUACCGCGAGAAUUUAGAUUCUUGGUGGCCCGAAGUCUCGGAGACUAUCAAUGGUGCGUCGACUGCGACCAAUGAGAGCCAUCUCCGUGGCCCACCAGCCUAA